UGGGUGACCUUUCUGCCUUACAGAGGUGGUUUGUGGAGCCCCUUCAAUCUACCUUGAUUUUGCCCGUCAGAAACUUGAUGCUAAGAUUGGAGUUGCAGCACAAAACUGUUACAAGGUAUCGAAGGGUGCUUUCACAGGAGAGAUCAGCCCAGCAAUGAUCAAAGAUAUUGGAGCUGCGUGGGUUAUCCUGGGCCACUCAGAGCGGAGGCAUGUUUUUGGAGAGUCUGAUGAGUUGAUUGGACAGAAGGUGGCUCAUGCUCUUGCUGAGGGCCUUGGUGUCAUCGCCUGCAUUGGGGAGAAGCUGGAUGAGAGAGAAGCUGGCAUAACGGAGAAGGUGGUCUUUGAACAGACCAAAGCUAUUGCUGAUAACGUGAAGGACUGGAGUAAAGUCGUUCUUGCCUAUGAGCCAGUUUGGGCUAUUGGAACUGGCAAAACUGCUACUCCCCAACAGGCUCAGGAAGUUCAUGAGAAGCUGAGGGGCUGGCUCAAAAGCCAUGUGUCUGAUGCUGUUGCUCAGUCAACUAGGAUUAUCUAUGGAGGUUCAGUCACUGGUGGCAACUGUAAGGAACUGGCCUCUCAGCAUGAUGUAGAUGGCUUCCUUGUUGGUGGGGCUUCUCUCAAGCCGGAGUUUGUGGAUAUUAUCAAUGCAAAACAUUAAAGCAGCCUGUGAGGAGCAGUCCCUUACGGUUAAGAGCAAGAAACUGAAGCAAGAAGGGACCUUUUGUUGCACGUGUCUUGGUACAGAGGCUUCUUCUGAGGCUUUCCCCCACCAUCACAAUCAUUGUUCUAGCUGUGCUGCUAACUCCCACCACCUUGUCGGAGUCCCAUUAGUGUGAGCCCAUCUCAGCAGUCUCCUUUCUGAACGGGCAAAAUCCUUGGCUGUCAAGCUGUUAGAGCUCACAGUCAACUUCGCCAUUGCCUCUCUUUGCAGCCCUGCAGAGAGGGAGGGCCACUAGUACUGGGGGGAGGAGAAAAGGAACCACCAUCUUCUGCAUCCUUCAGCUCCAUCUGCAAGGAGCCUGGCAGCUUAGACCCUUGUGAGACACCUUACCUCACCGAUGUCCUGUAUUGAACAAUAAAUGAAAAGGAAAAAAAGUG